CAGGGGAGGAGGUGGCGCCAUUUUGUCAGGUUCUUGGGAGUCUGUAGCGGAAGACGAGCGAGGGGGAUUGAAAAGCCGCUGCGGCGCCAAGACUGCCCCCUGCCCGGUUUCCAGUACGUUUGGGCUUCUGUUUUUAUUGCGACAGUUUACUGGGUCCGCCAUUUAGACUUUCGGAGCAAUGGCAGAUGUUGACAAGCUUAACAUCGACAGCAUCAUACAGCGACUGUUAGAAGUUAGAGGAUCAAAACCGGGAAAAAAUGUUCAGCUUCAAGAGAAUGAGAUUCGAGGGCUCUGUCUGAAGUCUCGGGAAAUCUUCCUCAGUCAGCCAAUCUUGCUUGAGCUUGAAGCUCCUCUUAAAAUAUGUGGCGAUAUUCAUGGCCAGUACUAUGACUUACUGCGAUUAUUUGAAUAUGGUGGUUUCCCACCUGAAAGCAACUACCUGUUCCUAGGAGACUAUGUGGACAGAGGGAAGCAGUCUUUAGAAACGAUCUGUCUUCUUUUGGCAUAUAAAAUCAAAUAUCCAGAGAACUUCUUCCUCCUCAGAGGCAAUCAUGAAUGUGCCAGCAUUAACAGAAUCUAUGGCUUUUAUGAUGAGUGUAAAAGAAGAUAUAAUAUAAAGUUAUGGAAAACAUUCACAGAUUGCUUUAAUUGUUUGCCAAUAGCUGCUAUAGUUGACGAGAAGAUAUUUUGCUGUCAUGGAGGUUUGUCUCCAGACCUUCAGUCGAUGGAGCAGAUCCGACGAAUUAUGCGUCCUACUGACGUUCCAGACCAGGGUCUUCUGUGUGACUUACUUUGGUCUGAUCCUGACAAAGAUGUCCUAGGGUGGGGUGAAAAUGACAGAGGUGUAUCUUUUACUUUUGGAGCUGAAGUGGUUGCAAAAUUUCUACACAAACAUGAUCUGGAUCUCAUUUGCCGAGCUCAUCAGGUGGUUGAAGAUGGGUAUGAAUUUUUUGCCAAGAGACAACUGGUUACUUUGUUCUCAGCCCCAAACUAUUGUGGAGAAUUUGAUAAUGCUGGAGCAAUGAUGAGUGUAGAUGAAACGUUAAUGUGUUCCUUCCAGAUCCUAAAACCUGCAGAGAAAAAGAAGCCUAAUGCAAGCAGACCUGUAACGCCACCACGAGGCAUGAUCACAAAACAAGCAAAGAAAUAAAAGCUUUUUCUUUUUGGACUUGUAUUAUAGUAUAUAAUCUCAUUUUUUUAAUUGUGUAAUGUGUCCUGGUUAGGUCCAUCUAGAUGUUUGUGGCUUUUUUUCUGUUUCCUUUUUAAUGAAUUGUAUUUGCUACAGCAGUCACUUCUUUCUCCUCAACGCCUUUUUCUAUUGGAAAGCACAUAGGCCAUGUUAUCUCCUGAAUUGCGUCCCUUAUGCCAGUGUUACUGUACACUCCAAAUCUGUAUGCUUCAUUAUUUCCCUUUAUACAGUCUAUCUACAUACAUUGUAAAGGCUUUAUAAAAUACCUAAAGAGGGCACUAAUGGGCUAGUGAGAGAAUGGCAUGGCUAUCAUUCGCAUACUGUUUAUUCAAACCACUGUGAACAUUUUUUUACUUUUGUUUUAAAGGGAUUUUUUUUUGUCAUGUUCUUUGUAUGGUUGUCAAUAUUAGAUUUCCCCUUGACCUUGCCAGCAUCACUGACUCGAUGUAUAUUUAAUUAAAGCACAUUUCCCGUACUGUAUACUUUAAAUAAAAGCCAUUAUUUUAAUUGUGUUCUACUUCCUACAACCUUUAUCUGCAUUGUCAGUGUAUUGCUCAUGUCUUCCAUAGCUAUGGAGAUGGGUCUGAAAUUUUAGUGUCUGCAUGGUUUAUUACAAUAAAGUGAGAAUGGUUAUUAAGACAAUGCACUUCCUAAUGGCAUUACAUAUUUUUUUUCUUUUAUAUUGUAAGAGGGAAACAAAAUUCCACUCCAUGAACUUGCGAAGACUUAGGACAUGCCAAAGGUGUCACUUAAUGUUUACUGGUCUCAUUUUUUUUUUUCUUAAUAAAAAAAACUUUUGUUUG